AUGACAGAGCCCGCUAAUGCCCGAUGUCUUCGUGAUAAUAUGAUUACCAUAAAUGCAGUUUUAAAUUAUGUAUCUCCCUAUGCCAAUUGCUUUCGUAAACUUCGAGAUAUUUAUGAUAAAGAACUAUCUAAUACGAGAAUUACCGGUUCUUCUAUGAAAAAGAUAUCUUUGAUUUUCACUCGGAAUCUUCAUGACGACCAAAGGGUCUAUAAUGCACCUCGAACUGCAAAUGAUAUUGCUAUUGUAUAUAUCGCUGAUCGUGAUGGUAAUAUUCCAGCUGAACUUGAUUUUUCAGUUCAGCCAAAGCAUCAAAAACGGGGUCUUCCCCAUGCUCAUUGCUUAUUUACACUCUCGGAUGAAGAUAAAAUUAAAACAGCAGAUGAUGUUGAUAAUAUUAUAUCUGCUGAGUUACCGGAUCGAAAUGCACAAUCUGAGUUGUAUAACAUAAUUAUAACGCAAAAUAUUCAUGGACCAUAUGGUCGAUUAAACCCUAAAUCAAUUUGUAUGGUUGACGGAUCGUGCUCAAAAAAAUUUCCUAAAGCUUUCUGCAAUGAAACUGAUGUAUCUACAGAUGGUUAUCCAAUAUAUAGACGCCGAAAUAAUUCUAACGAAACUCAUUUUACACGUAAUAAGAUUCAAGUAGAUAAUCGUUUUGUUGUACCAUACAAUUCAUUUUUAAGUCUUAAAUAUAACGCUGGUAUUAAUGUUGAACUAUGUUCAACUGUUAAAGAUAUCAAAUACAUCAACAACUAUAUUACAAAGGGUUACGACUGUGCUCGAAUCGGCGUCCAAGUAAAUGCAAACGACAAUCUAGAAAAAGUUGUUGAUUAUGACGAAAUCAAACAAUAUUUAAAUUGUCGUUAUAUGAGUUCUCAAGAAGCAGCUUGGCAUCUUCAAGAUUUUCCUAUUCACGGUCAAUCUCAUAAUGUCGUUAUGUUGUCUAUUCGUUUGAAAGAUGGUCAAUCCAUCUUUUCCGAAGAGAAUCAAGCUGAAAAUGCUUUGCUACGAGAGUCGGUCGCAUGCACGACUUUAACUGCUGAUUUCGAUUUAAAUCUUUCAGAUUCCAGUGCGCAUCAAUAUUUAUACCAAGAUAUUCCUAAUCAUUACGUAUUUUAA